AUGUUGUUCAAUCUUCUACAGUUGUUACUGUUGGUUAUUUCGGUGACUGCACACAACGUUUUGCUUCCUGCAUAUGGUAAGAGAUGUUUCAUUGAAACGUUACAUAAAGGUGAUAUUUUAGGUAUCUCGUUUCAAUUUGGUGAUAGAUUUCCAGAAUCAAGUGCUCAGCUAACCGGCGAUUUGAUUAUGUAUGGUAGCACGAAAAAUGAGAUUCUGAAAUCUGUUAGAGACGUGACUCACGGCGAUGAAUCCAUCACUGCUAUGAAAUCUGGUACUUAUGAAUUCUGCUUCUCGAAUGAAGCCAGUGGUAUCACUACCAAAGAUGUCACUUUUAAUGUACACGGUACUAAAUACGUUGAUGCUGACGGUGAUGACACUGAUACUCUAGAAGGGUCAGUAAACGCUUUGAUGAAAUUAGUUCAUGAAGUCAGAAAUGAACAAGAAUACUUGAUUCUAAGAGAAAGGACACAUAGAAACACUGCUGAAUCGACAAACGAGAGAGUCAAAUGGUGGUCAAUCUUUCAAUUGGUUUUUGUCAUUUUUAAUGCAUUAUUUCAAAUCUUCUAUUUAAAGAGAUUUUUUGAAGUUACCUCAGUAGUUUAA